AUGACUGUUGAAGAUGUACCACACUCAGCACGGCAUGCUUCAGAAACUGAACCAAAACCCCAUCCCGAAAAAGAGAAUGACGCCGACGAGGAUGAUGUUGCAUUGUCAUACUUGCAGUUGAAGAGCAGUCACUUACCAGAGGGUGAAGGUGACUCCAAAAUUAUCGAGUACGCAAUACCUCAACACUUCAAAGGUGAUGUGGCCGGAACUGACGUAUCCUUUUACCACAGUAUCGUACAUGUCGCAUGCUUCCGGCCUGAAGUUCAGAUGUUCAGCCGUGAACACCUGCUCUCCGACAAGCUCAAUGGGAUUGGGACCAGAGAACUCGUGUUUCAAGUAGGGAUCAAUGAACUCCUUAUUGGGGAGAUGGUGCAGGAAUACGUUGAGGAGCAAGCUAAGUGCCUCCUCCGCGGACUCCUGGCAAGAAGGGCUAGCACCUCACCCUUGAUCCAGAAUAAAAAGCCAACUAUAAUAUUUGUCGCUUAUGAUCUAGGAUCUGUCAUUGUCAAGACGGUAAGAUAG